GAGGGUAAUAUGGAGGCGCUUCCGGCAGGCCCCGGCGGCUGAAAGCUGGGGCAGAAGUGCUGGUCUCGGUCGGGAUUCUGGGCUCGGUCCCGCCGAGGCGGCGACUGCGGUAGGAGGCAGGAGGUUUUGGACGCGCUGGCCCCCCGCCGCUGUGCACUGCAGCAUUAUUUCAGUUCAAAAUGAACUAUAUGCCCGGCACCGCCAGCCUCAUCGAGGACAUUGACAGUGAGUUGUUCAUCUCCUCCGGGUGGACCCUGGGGUGAGACCCUUCCUCCCGGGCGAGCGCCUCUUCCGAAGAAGCUUGUAGAAUGAGUCCCGGGCGGGGCCGGUGUGUCCUGAGCUCAAUCCGGGCGUUCCGCGUCGAUGUCCUCCACAGCUGCGGUACACACCGCUUGCCCACCCAGUAGCCUGCUAGUUCUUCUGCCCCUCGCAGCAUCCGCCAGCCCUCUAGCUGAAAAGCACUUGGUUCUGCUCCGAGAUGGAAGGACACUUAUAGGCUUUUUAAGAAGCAUUGAUCAAUUUGCAAACUUAGUGCUACAUCAGACUGUGGAGCGUAUUCAUGUGGGCAAAAAAUACGGUGAUAUUCCUCGAGGGAUUUUUGUGGUCAGAGGAGAAAAUGUGGUCCUACUAGGAGAAAUAGACUUGGAAAAGGAGAGUGACACACCCCUCCAGCAAGUAUCCAUUGAAGAAAUUCUAGAAGAGCAAAGGGUGGAACAGCAGACCAAGCUGGAAGCAGAGAAGUUGAAAGUGCAGGCCCUGAAGGACCGAGGUCUUUCCAUUCCUCGAGCAGAUACUCUUGAUGAGUACUAAGUCUUUUGCCCAGAGGCUGUUGGCUCUUGAAGAGUAGGGGCUGUCACUGAGUGAAAGUGACAUCCUGGCCACCUCACACAUUUGAUCAGAGACUGUAGAGUUUUGAAAAGUCACUUUUAUUUUUAAUUAUUUUACAUAUGCAACAUGAAGAAAUCGUGUAGGUGGGUUUUUUUUUUUAAUAACAAAAUCAUUGUUUAAAGAAACAGUGGCAUAGACUUCUUCACACGUCACUGUGGCACCAGCAACUACUUCUUUAUAUUGUUCUUCGUAUCCCAAAUUAGAGUUUACAGGGACAGUGUUCAUUUACUUGUAAAUAAAAUAUGAAUCUCAAGUGUCA